UCAAUUUGAGGACGGCAACAUAGGGCACUGAUAACAAAGGAAGAAGAAAAACAGUUCUUGAGAUCAGCAAUCAUUCUUUAUAAGAUAUGAUAACAGCAAAGCCUCAUGCAGUCCUUCUGGCCAGCCCUGGCAUGGGUCACCUGAUUCCGAUGCUGGAGCUAGCCAAACGCCUUCUCACUUACCAUUCAUUCAACGUAACCAUCUUCGUCGUCACCACCGAUUCCUCAACCACAACCUCUCACAUACUCCAACAAACAUCCAACUUAAGCUCCCUCAACGUUGUCGUAAUGCCUCCCAUUGACGUCUCUACCAAACUCCGACCCAACCCCUCGUUAGGAGAGCGUAUUGUGUUAACCAUGUUGGAGUCUCUACCCUUUCUACGCUCUUCCUUUGUAUCCAUGAAGCUUCCUCCCUCAGCUCUCAUUGUGGACAUUUUCGGUACUGUAGCUUUUCCCAUGGCACGUGACCUCGGCAUGUUGACGUACGUUUUCUUCGCCACCAACGCGUGGUUCACAGCUGUGUCCAUAUACCUCCCCUUCAUCGACAAGGAAAUGGAAGAAAGACAUGCUAAGGCUCGCGAACCGCUCUUGGUUCCGGGUUGCAAACCGGUUCGGUUCGAGGACACUCUCGAAGCGUUUUUAUCACCGGGUGGGCCCAUAUACGAGGGUUACGUGGGAGCAAUGAAGCAGGUUGCAUCCGCUGACGGGAUUUUGAUGAACACCUGUGAAGAUCUGGAGCCCGCAGCAACCAAGGCGGUGAGAGAAGAAAAGAUUUUGGGCCGGUUUACGAAAGGACCGGUUUAUCCGGUUGGACCGCUAGUGAGAACCGUGGGACCGAAACCGGAGAAUGAAAUUUUGCGUUGGCUGGACGGGCAACCGGCUGAGUCGGUGAUUUAUGUGUCUUUUGGGAGUGGUGGGACCAUGUCGGAGAGUCAAAUGAGGGAGCUGGCAUGGGGGUUAGAGCUGAGUCAGCAAAGGUUUGUUUGGGUGGCGAGGGAACCAAAGGAAGGUGACGCGAGUGGCGCGUUUUUCGAGGUGGCGAAGGUGCGCGACGGAACGAUGCGCUUCUUGCCGGAGGGGUUUGUUAAGAGAGCAAAGGGCGUGGGGGUUGUGGUCCCCAUGUGGGCCCCGCAGGCUGAGAUUCUGGGACAUCCUGCGACGGGUGGUUUUGUCACGCAUUGUGGUUGGAAUUCCGUUUUGGAAAGCAUUGUGAACGGAAUCCCGAUGGUGGCGUGGCCGCUUUAUGCGGAGCAGAAGAUGAACGCUUUUAUGUUGUCGGAGGAGCUUGGUGUGGCGGUGAGAGUGAAGGGUGGAGAAGCAAUUGUGUGUAGGGAGAAGAUAGCAGAACUGGUUAGAGGAGUGAUGGUGGGUGACGAAGGGGUUGCCAUGAGGAGAAAAGUUAAGGAUGUGAAACUUGGUGGAGAGAGAGCGUUGUCUAUGUUCGGUUCUUCUUACCAUUCUCUGUGUGAAAUGAGCAAAGACUGUGAACUUCAUCUGCAGGCAAAAGUUUCGGGUGAUUAUUGCUUAGGAGAUAAGAAUGAUGAUGUGUUCAGCGAAUUAGUUUGCUCUUGA